AUGUCCUCUCAGAGAGAAUCUUUCUACCAUUCGGGGCCAACGCACUCUGAUUGGAACAACCAACAGUUCCGAAGAUCCGUAGCUGCCUGCUUGGUUGAGCGAGUGUACAUGUUAGAACUUGCCCGACAAAGUCAAUGUUCUCAAGUUCAUGCAGCUCCCUUGUGGCUGGACUUUCAUUUUAUAUUAACAAAGCACCUAUUUGAUUGCCACGAUAAAUCCAUAAUUGGUGCUGUUUACGCGUACAACUUUUCAUCUCCCCAAUCGACGCCACCAGCAUAUGUGAUUGCCUUUCGAGGAAACCUCAUCAAACUAGACACCAUGUUUCAGGAUUUCAAGUUGGAUUUUAGUUUCCUUCUUAACAUACUCGAACAGAGGAGCCGCUUUCAGGAAGCAUGGAAAGCUGUGCAGGAAAUGGUUGAUUUAUCUGAAGCUAAUAAGCCUGUGAAUAUCUGGUUAGCAGGACAUUCUUUGGGUGCCGCAAUAGCUCUGUUGGCCGGAAGGAACAUGUUCAAAAAGGGUUAUGAUCUAGAAACUUAUCUCUUCAAUCCGCCAUUCCCUUCUCUCCCUAUAGAGUCUAGCAAUAAUGAGAAGGUGGGGAAUGCAUUCCACAACACUAACAAAUUCAUCACAGCUGGAUUUGUUUUGGUUAGGGGCCAUCAAAGAACCGACCAAACUAAUCUAUUCACUGCAUUAUUUGAAUGGGUUCCAAACAUAUAUGUGAAUCCAUCGGAUCCUAUUUGCUCAGGGUAUAUUGAAUAUUUUAAGGACAGGGACAAGAAGACAGGGAAAUGUCUUAAAAAAAUUCAGAAUCUUGCUUUACAGAAUUCAAAAAUUCAGAAUCUUCCUUCUGCGAAUGUGCAUAUUAAUCGGACCCCCUCUGGUGAUUUCAAGCAAAAUCAUGGAAUCCAACAAUGGUGGGAACCAGAUCUUGUCUUGGAAUCCAGAUUACACAAGUGGAGGACAUAG